AGGGUCAGGACCCACAAGCAGAAAGACACCCAAGAAGCACUGUGUAAAUUACAAUUUUUCCCAACUUUCUGCCCCUCCAUAACAACCCCACCAGCAGCCCCAGUCCAUGUUUCUCAGCCAACCUGCACUCUCACCGUCCACCCAAAAAGCCCUCCACCCACCCCACUGUGCCGUGUUCCCACAGAAAGAGAAACUUUUUCCUUUCCACAGACUAAAGUUAGACAGCUGCUUCCAGAUGCUCCUCCAUCUCCCGCAUCGUACCUACAAAAUGCCUAUGCAUAUGUAACCCAAAACUGCAUUAGGCUGUUCUGCUCUCAUACUUCAUGCCUCCUUGUCCUCCUCACCCCUAAGUCUGCCCUUCAGUAUUACAGCUUGACAUGCCCCUUCUUGCCACUGAAUAGAUUUGCUUCAGAUUAUUCCCAUCCCCCCGACACCCUCCCCAAUAUAUUAUCUUGCACUUAUCGAUGCUGGGAAAGUAUUUUUCUCCACGUUUCUAAUCUUUGUUCCUUUGGAUCACACACAUCUGUCCUCACUUGAGCUCCCAGCACCUCCUAAUUUUGUAUCAUUUGUGACCAUCAUGAACAUGCUCUCCAUACGCUCUUCUCCAUCUCUGAGGAACACUCAAUAAGAUAAAAUGUAAUAAAGCCCUUUAAUACCAACCGGACACCUUCCUGCAAUUAGAUCCAUUGAUAUUUAUCAUUAUCCUUGCUUACCAAUCUUCCAGUUUGUAAUCCCAUGUGACAGUGUCAUUUCCAAGCUAAUAUGAAAUAACUUUAAUGAGAGACUAACAAAUCCGCUGCUAAAAUCCCAACGGAUUAUGUCAAAUUAAAGUGAUAUUUACCCUGACCAUCUCUCUCCAAGAGAAACAACAGAUAGAGUUUCAAGGGAAAUCUGAAAGGUGCUAGGUCAGUACUUACAUUCCAGAUAUCCGUUGGGGACAGUCACCUUCCUAGAUGAGGUGGACAACAAAUACACACACACACACCCCUGUAUGAGGGCACCUCUGUGAAAUACAGUUGGGAAGGAUAUUACAUCCCAUUGUCUUUCAUGCCAAUUACAGGAAAAUCCAGAUUUUCCUUCACCCCCACUUGCCCCAUGAAAAAAGUCACAAGAGAAACAGCACAGACAAAUAUCCCACGAGGAAAGCGUGAGUUGUUUAUAAAGCAAAUCCACAUUCAACCACAUGAGACUGAGGGGGGCACGUGUUUUUGUUCUUAAAAACAGUUCAGGCAUUAUGUUCUUGGCCCCACAAAAUGUGGCAUUUGAUGUGCCAUUGAUGAGAGCCAAGUCCACGCUAUCACAAAACACAGACCCUACAGGUCUGAUAUCAAGGUUACACAAAGGGCUCAAACACAGAUAUGGAGCAGCAAUGCAGUUACCCAAGAAGACAGAGCAAUUUAGUAGGUAAAUAAUGGAGCAAUGCUAUCUAAUCUGGGAAAGGCUGGCCUGAUGCUACAUCAGUGACUAUUAAAGGAAUCACGAUAAACUUAUUCCAAUGGCAUCAGACCCCACCAAUCCCACAAGAUAUUAGAGAGAAACCUUUGUAUGCAUACUGGAGAUAUGUAGGUGGGUAUGGAGAAGGGGCACAUUCAGAGCUGGCUGGAGCACCCCUAUGUCUAGACUUAGUGCUCCAAAACUGUAGGAAUUGUUAGGAAAGUCAGGGGCACGGAAUUGCUUGCCUCCCCUCUGCUAGUCUUGCUGGCCCUAAAGUUUACCAUCACGUCUAUUAUCCCAGGGAGUUGUACCAAGGUGGAACUCCAAAGAGGAUUCCCCCCACCCCCCUCUAGUCUUGGCAGGAGUUUGUUAUGCUAAUGCUCACAGAUGAUGAAAGACAAGUAUAUAGUUUUUACUGCAUUGCUCCUCUUUCUAAUCUAGACAUUUAACUGAAUGACUCACACAAAAGCAAAAACCUAAACCACACUAAGCCAUUUACUCCAAUAUAAUGCACUGUAGUCUUCUUGGGUUGCUAUUACUGCAGAGAUUGUGAGUUACCACAAUCUCACUGUGUAACAACCGUUUAACCGGUGAGGGCUGGGGACUGUCUCCCCUCCGUUGCUCUCAUUAUGUCUAGUUUACAAAUGUGCUCUUUAAAAGAACAUUAGUACAGUAGCUUAAACCUCAUCCAUUUUAAUACAAAUUCUUAUUUAUGUUUCCAAUAUGCUUGAUUUAGAAAAAGGAUUUUUAAAAUAAUUUACCUUUCAUCAUCUAUGAUGAUUGUUCACUUUUCCCCUUCCCAAGUUUCUACAGUGAGCCAUCAAUUUCACUUUCCUUUUCAUCAGUUUCAUUUUCUAGAGCUCAUGAACUGUCACACUGCAGCAAAACUUGGGCUGCAAAUGCCACAGAAGGGAAGUUUUAAAUCCAUGAAACUCUUUGUUUGGGAUUAGUUUUUAAGAAGAUAAAUUCAGCAGACCCCCAUUUAUCAGAUCUUACUGGGACCAGGGCCAGAUUGGAUCAUCAAAAAUUCCAAUAAUCCAGAGAAUGGGAAAGUGCAAGGCUGCAGCGCCAUCUAGCGGCUACAGGAGAGAUCUCCCGCUUCUAGACCUACAUGUGCUGGUUGUUUCGUUAAUACAGAGAGCCGGAUAAUGAAGGGUCAGAUAAAUGGGGUUGUACUGUAUUCAAUAUAUUUUAUAAAGAUAAGGAGGGUGAGAUAAUAUCUUUUAUUGGACCAACUUCUGUUGGUGAAAGAAAAAACUUUCACUGUGUAAGCUCCUUUCUCUCACCAAGAGAAGUUGGACCUGAACCACCUUCUCCCUCUACUUUCCAGGGACCAAUAUGUCUACAACACCACUACAUACAAUAUAUUUUAUAAGACAUUUAAAAAGAAAGCCUACAAUUUAGAUCCUGAAACACCUGACAGUGGUCCUUUAGCUACAAAGUAAAUCUCCCUGGACUAUCUUGAAUAUUAUAUGUUCAUAUUGUGUACUACCAGCCUAUUAUUAAACAUAUUUCAAUUUAAAAGUAGGAAUUUACAGAGGUAGAACGUAACUGCCUCAUUCAGAAUUUGGCCAAAAACCAAAGGUUAAAUCACCUCAUUCCUUUGUAGAUGUUACUUCAGGAUUUGUAAGGACCUCAAAUGGCCAAGACAUUGGUUUUGCAGCUCAUCUGAAAGGCAGCACUGCCAACAGUACAAUGACCCUGAGACAUUAUGUAUACACUCAGACACUGGUGCAGCAGAGACUCAAAGGGAAGCGCACCACCAACGGUGGAUCACAGUGUCCAGACUGGGCCCCCAGCGAGCCCUAGACAGACCACCCCAUUUUCCAGGAGAGUAAUAAUUACAUUGUUUCCACCAAGGGGCCUCCUCCAAGCAACUCCUCUAAUGCCUAGGGAUGAACCUGACACCUACUGAAUCACCAGCAGCGCUCCAUACAAAGCCCUCAAAUCUCUUCAAAGAUCUGGAAUUUAAAUACCAAUCCCAUGUAUCCCUGCUGAGCUUGAGAGUCUGACAGGUAGGAAGGCUGUAGUCAUACGUCUAUGUCACAUGCCUGAAAGAAUUCAGAUUUCCUAUUAAAAAAAGAACAAAACUGUAUGGAAAAUUCUAGAGGUUCAGGAGUCAAAAAGAAUUGUGGUUCCACAGUCAAAGAGAACUGACUCAUUCAGAUCUGAGAGAUUCAGCAAUUUAGGCUAUAUGACUAUGAUUAAGAACCCUAGUGCCUGAGCUGUUUAAAUACUUCAGAAUGUAGUUUAGCAGUACAUGUUGCACAGAGCACACAAAGGUCAGAGGUCAAACAUCCAGGGCCUCUAAUAAUGCUGCGCAGAGAGGAGAUGUUUAACAUCCCUGGGGGAAAAUAUGGGCAUUGGUAUGGAAGUGUCAGAAAACACUUAAGUGUCACCAGUUGGAAAGUGAAAAUGAAAACAGGGAAAUUUUAGAGAACCAGAAAAUGAUGAAAGGAAAAACAUCCCACCAAAUAAAUUCAGGGACAUGGAAGGCAUGCACAGUAGACCGCAGACAUCCAACAAGCUACAAGUACUUUGGCAUAAACCGUGUGAAACGUUAUCAUGGCUACCAAGUUUCAAGGAUGCCUGUGGCAGAUUUGCCUAGUACUGCUGUUCUCCACUGGAGUCAUGUCACUGGACUGUAACCUGCUUCAUCACCAGCAAAGCAAAUUUAACUGGUACAGUCUACAACUGCUGACAAACAUGGGUGCGAAGUUUCCUUUGGAGUGUCUGGAAGACAAGACAACCUUCCAGUUUCCUGAGAAGAUUCUGAAGCCCGAAUUUCUACAACAAGCCAAGAUGUCUGUCCAUGAAAUUCUCCAGCAGCUCUUUGGCAUCUUUAGCAGGAACCUACCCCAAACUGGCUGGGAAAGAAGAAAAGUGAAGAGGUUCCUAAACGGGCUCUCACUGCAGACUGAGCGCCUCGAGGCAUGCCUACAUAAAAAGGGAGGGAGCAACAUUCUGAGACUGAAGAAAUACUUCCAGAGGAUCCAAGAUUUUCUUAAGGAGAAGAAAUACAGCACCUGUGCCUGGGAGAUUGUCAGAGAGGAAGGGCAGAGGUGUUUUCAAUAUAUUCAUAAGCUCACAGUGAGGAUGCAAAACUAGGCGACAAACAUUUUACUAUGAACAUUUGAGAAGUUUGGGUGAAGCAGCGAACUGGGAGCAAGAAACCAUCUGACCUCAAGCUUAAACUCUGAUACGGACUUCGUGGCCCUUUUCAAAUCAAUGUAUGUGACUCAGUUUGCCAUUGGUAAAAUGGGGAUUAUACCAUACACUUCAGCGGGUGGAGCUGAUUGUUUAAAAUGCUCUGAAGAGGAAAGAAGCUAGAGAACUAUAUGAAUGUACUUCACAUACUGUGUGCGGAGUCUCAUCCAAAAGCUAAGAAAUAUAUUAGAGGCUGGACACAGGUGGAGAAGAAAAAUAUUUUGCAAUUGUUAUUUUAUUUGUGCAUUGUCAAACUUAUCCUGAUUGUAGGAAUGGAGACUGUCACAUAUAUAUUUAUUUAUAUAUUUAUAUAUUUAUAACUAUUUAUAUUUUUAAAAUAAAAGUAUGGCUAAA